UUUUUCUUGUGUUUAAUUUCACACAAGUCACAAUCUCCUCACCCUCUACUUUUUAAGGAUUAAUUUUAAUCUUUAAAUUGUCCUUUCAAUAUCCUUUCUUGUUAAUACCCUUGUUUAUUAACAAUUCUGCUAAUUGGGAGUAGAUCAUCUUGUACAAAAUACAACCAAAAGUAUAAAUUGUGUAAUAAUUUUUUAGAGCUUGGCCUCGAAUCAAGUAACUCUACUACUCAUACAUUGCUUUUUUUUUGGUGAUUUGCAGAAAAAAAAGUAAUCACUUUUCUCUUGGUGUUUUGUUUUAUAUAUAAAUAAUUAAUCUUUUCCUUCAUCAUCUUCAGUGUUUUAUCCCAAUUUGCUGUUGGACAUUGUUGAAAAUUGUUCUAUUCAAACUCUUUUUUGUUUUGUUCUGUUUGGAUUAAUUUGACUGUGUGUUUGUUUGUCUUUUAAGCCUCAAACUUGAAGAGAAAAAUAAUACCAAGGAUAUUUGCUUGGAAGACGAUUUAAUUUAGUUGUUCUUUCUCUUUCUCUCUCUCUCUCUCUCUCUCUCACUUGGAAUUAUAUUCAAUCAUUAUUGUCUCAUUUACUUUUUCUAGAAAUGACUAUUCUUUCAAGUAAAAAGGAGAGACGAGGUGAUUGUAAAACUGGUAAUAAUGGUGAAGCCAAUCUGGAAAAGGAUCAUUUACCUGGUAAUAUGGGCCAUCCUCAUAUAGCUCCUGGUUUACAUCAUCACUCUUCCCCACCAAGAUGGUCUCGUUCCAAUGAUAGAUUUCCAGGAUCACCUGGUUCCUCCGGAAAUCAAGUAGAAUCUGUUUCAGAUGGUAAUCUACGAACACCUUCAGACGUUGGUGAUGUUCAUUUAUCUCCCCAGAGUUCAGCAAGUUCUCAUUCAUCUCCAUUGAUAGGAGUUGCCCAUUCUUCUCAUCCAGCUCAUGGUUCUAAAAGAAGAGGACGAGAUAUGACCAGAUAUGGAUGUGGUGUUGGUUAUUCUUGUUGUCGUAAUAAUAAAUCUGUUUGCUGUUCAUCAACGGCACCUCUUAAAAGUCCUAAAACAAGUAUCAAAAAUGGAGUUAAACGAGACUGUUCCGGUGAUUCUUCUGAAAAUAUGAAUGGUGUUAGAGGUAAUUCAUCAAGUUCCGUUGGUCCUUCUGUUGACCUUUCUGGUUCCGUUGUAGAUUCAGUUAAUGGACCUGUUCAACAAUCUUCCCUUUCUGAACCUAUUGAUGUUGAAUCUGAUCCAUCAGUUCAAGGCUACAAUUCAGGUGAUGAAUAUGAUAAAGCAGCUAAUUGGACAGCUGAACAAUUAGAAGAGAUGGAAAGAAGAUUUGAGAAAAAGAUGAGGAAAAAAGGUUUCAUCAUAAAGAAAAUGGGUGAAGAUGGUGCCUGUUUAUUUCGAGCAGUAGCUGAUCAGGUCUAUGGUGAUCAAGAUAUGCACACAGCGGUACGAAAAUUGUGUAUGGAUUAUAUGGCAAAGAAUGUUGAUUACUUUUCACAAUAUAUUACGGAAGAUUUUAAGGCCUACAUACAACGUAAAUCAAUGGAUCAUGCCCACGGUAAUCAUGUAGAGAUUCAAGCUUUGUCUGAGAUGUACAACAGGCCCAUUGAGGUUUACCAUUACAAUACAACUCCAAUCAACAUAUUUCAAGGUUGUCAUCAGACAGAAAAUGAUCCAAUCCGUUUGAGUUACCAUCAAAAUAUCCACUACAAUUCGGUUGUUAAUCCCUUUAAACCAACCGUUGGUGUUGGCCUUGGUUUACCUGCAUACAAACCUGGGAUAGCGGAUAAAAAUUUGGUCGAUAAUGCUAUACGAAUUUCUGAAGAACAUGAAUUGGAGAAAGCAAUGUUAGAAGAUAAAUUGAGAGCAACCGAUUGGGAGGCGACCAAUGAAGCAAUUGAAGAGCAAGUUGCACGUGAAUCUUAUGUUGAAUGGCUAAGGGAAAAUGAGAAAAGAGCAAUGAAGAAGAAAUCAAAAUUAACCGCAACCGCAACCGCAACAAGUAAUCAACAACAGAUCUCAUCAAGUCCUUCACGGUCAAGUCCAAAAGCGAGUUCAAGUGGACUUAAUAACAACGAUUCUCGUACACCUAAAGACUUUGGUCUUGUGGAAACUGCGUCUUUUGUCAAUCAAUUUCCUCCUCAAUUAUUUGGAAUUUCUGAUUGGGAUACAACUGAAGAACAGGAUAUCAUUGCCCGAGUAUUGGCUCAAUCACAGCAAGAAUAUUUAGACUCAUUGAAAAGGAAUGUAAAUAACCUGAGUAACAAUACAAAUAACGGUAAUUGUUCAACUUCAAGUACAAUUAGUGGAAUCGCUGGAAGCAGUGGAAUCAAAUUUUCAAAGGAUAAGGAAAACAAUUCUACCACAACCUCAACCACUGCAUCAACCAGUAGCAGUAAUAAUAAUAAUAAUACCUCAUCUCUGGAUCAACCAUCUUCAAGUAUCGCUUGAUUCAUAUGAUUGGUGGUGACAAUUGAGACUGUAAAUGUUAUUCAGAAGGAGAAAAGGAAACAAUUUAAUAUCAUCUGAUUUUUUUGCCGAUUUAUAAAAUCAACUCAACUAACCAGCAAAUUAGUGACACACAAACAAGUACCGGACGAGAAGCGUGAAAGAAAUAAUUUUUUUUUCUUCUCCCAUUCUCAACAAUAAUUAUAAUCUGAAUAAUUUACAUUAUUAUUAUAUAAUAAUCAUUAGAAUCUUUGAUAAUACCUUUGGAAUACAUGAUAAUAUUACAAGGAGAAAGAGACAGAGAAAGGGAGAGAGAGAGGUAGGGAGAGAGAAAGAAAAGGAAAUCAAAAAGAGAGGGAUAAAGGGAGCAGAAAAUAACUGUAAACAUCUAACUAAUCUACUAAAUUUCUGGUGUGAAUUACAGUAAACAAAUCUAAUGAAGGAAAUUACAGUUUGAAGAAGACUAAAAAAGAUCAAAGGGAUAAAUGAUGAGGAAAACAACUAACAGAUAUUUAUCAUCAUCAUCAUAAUCAUCAUCAUCACACUGUCAUCAGAAAAACAAUUAUCAUCAUCAUCUCAACAAUCAAUACAACAGCAAACAACAAACGGUACACGAAGUUAUUUUGUGCUUCAUCUUUUUGAUUAUAAAUAUAUUAUAUAAAUAAUAAUAAUAUUACAAGAAGGAAAAAAAUAUAUCUCUUUUUUGUGUAAAUAAAGCAGAAAAUUAAUAACUAACAA